AUGGCAGCCGCAGUUGAGUCUCGGAAAUGUAUGGGAGUGGAGUGCGAGAAGGCGGCGGGGACUCUACAGUGUCCGACAUGCCUGAAGCUGGGCACAGAUAGUUUCUUCUGUUCGCAAGAUUGUUUCAAGCGGAGCUGGGGCGAGCACAAGGCCCUCCAUAAAUCGAAGAGUAAUUUCCUCACCAACUUGUUUCCUCCAAAGGUAGUUUCUGAACCAGAUCCAGCAACGGGACAAUUCAACCCGUUUCCAUCCUAUCCGUUCACCGGCUCGUUGAGACCCGUCUAUCCUUUGUCUCCCCAUAGGACUGUCCCUAAAUCCAUCCCCCAUCCCGACUACGCCAAGGAUGGCAUUCCUCGGUCGGAGCAGAAAAUCCUGAGCCAGCGGAACAUUACGAUUUUAAGUAAGGAACAGCAGGAGGGCAUGAGGAAGGUCUGCCGCCUGGCUCGAGAAGUGCUGGAUAUCGCGGCACGGGAGUUAAAACCAGGAGUCACGACCGACUACAUCGACGAGGUGGUGCAUAACGCCUGCUUAGAACGCAACUCCUACCCUUCGCCGUUGAAUUACAUGCAUUUCCCUAAGUCCGUAUGUACAUCGAUCAACGAAACUAUCUGUCACGGUAUACCCGAUCAGCGACCUCUCGAAGAUGGUGAUAUCAUCAAUAUUGACGUUACCUUGUACCACAACGGCUAUCAUGGAGAUCUCAACGAAACUUACUAUGUGGGAGAGAAGGCUCUCGCAAAUCCCGAUGCAGUUCGAGUGGUUGAGACCUCGCGAGAGUGUCUUGAUAAAUCCAUCAGUCUGGUGAAGCCUGGUAUGCUGUUUAGGGACCCCGGAAAUGUGAUCGAGAAACAUGCGAAGAGCCGGAACUGCAGCGUGGUCAAGAGCUACUGUGGCCACGGUAUCCAUCACCUGUUCCACUGUGCUCCCAAUGUCCCACACUAUGGCAAGAAUAAGGCCAUUGGUACCGCAAAGCCCGGUAUGUGCUUUACUAUCGAGCCUAUGAUCAACAUUGGAACCCACCGUGAUCGCACGUGGCCCGACGAUUGGACCAGCACCACGGCGGAUGGAUCUCUAUCUGCCCAGUUCGAGCAUACUCUUCUGGUCACGGAAGAUGGUGUCGAGGUCCUCACUGCUCGCCUGCCGGACUCGCCUGGUGGCCCGGUCCCUAUGCCGGUUGUCGAUGAGGCCAUGACCGAGGCGUGA